CAGAUAUUCGCCUGACUGUGAGGAGCCACUCCCGUGGGAAGUGGGAUGAGUUCUACAGUUAUUAUGAAGGAUGUGGUGUUUACAUAGCACAGGGAUGAAGAACUUCCCUCUUUCAGGACCAGCAUAACAUUGAUGUUUUAGAAACAAAAUGGUGACCCUGAGAAGAAGAGUAUUUCCAGCCAGUGGCCAAUAGUUGUGUAACAUGGCUGCCUGCUUUGAGACCUUUUCUGUAGCUACUAGUACCAAAGGAACAGAUGCUGUGCAGAUCGGGAAAGCGUCAAGAGGUUACAAGGUCUCCUCCAUUCCUUAUAAAUACCAGACAAGAAUGAUCCCAAACUCAGAAAAAAAGGGAUUUAAUUCUCAAGCGAAGAGGUUUCAGUAUAACCAGAAUGAAAUUCCAGGCCCAGGAUUCUAUAAUGUCGUUCACCAGUCUGCAGAGAUUAACAGCACCUCACUGUCGAAGAAAGGAACGGGCUACUUUCCUUCCAUGGAUGCUCGUCUCCCACACAACAGAAAACCCAGCUACCCUGCCGCAAAUGCCUACAACCUCUCAUUGGCAUUUCAAUCCAAGCAAGAUUUCAGCACUGGAAACUCCAGCAUGUUUCAGCAACCAAUCGCUAAGAGGAGAGAGCAAACCUCCACCCCAGCGCCCAACCAAUACAACGCCUGUCUAGAUUUCUGCAAGCAAAGGAACAACCUAUGUGCCCGGGCGGUGUUUUUGUCCAAAACCGCAAGAGGAUUAAGCACUGAUAAAACAGAAAAAUGGCCUUCUCCAUGCCAUUACAGAAUCAAUGACUCCCUCGUCAAGAAGUCCCCCAGGAUUCUAGUGUCUUGCUUCAGAUCAAAUACUCAUCGUGAAACAAAGGUGAACACAAUAAGCCCAGGGCCUGCAGCAUAUCAGCUCAGCAACCCCCCUAAAGCAGCAAAGAAGACCCCUUCCAUGCGAAAGCAAAACUUGAAUUUCUCCGCCCCUGCCAUACCUCCAGCUAAAAAUCCACCUUUGCCUGGGCCAGGGCAGUAUGAAGUAGUGGACUACGAAGGCCCACCAAAGCAUUACAUCUCUAGUGCUGUAUUUGUCUCAAACACGGGGCGAUGGAGAGGGGACACAGCUCAGCAAGGGAUACCUGGGCCAGGUACUUAUCUGCCAGAAGUACCAGGGAAACAGUCCUUUAUCUACAAUGUUGAUAACAAGUGGAUUCCAGUACUGUAGGCAUCAGAGCCCCCAUAUUUUGGAGAAAUUCUGCAAAGACUGAACCUCAUUCAAAACCAGCCGUGCAGUUGCUAAUGCAUGGGCAAGCUAUGGUGUCUCCAGCCCUCGUGCUUUAACUGUCCUUAUAGUCUGGCAUCUGCGACUGGUAUUGUGCACAUAUUGCAAACUGAAAGGUGAUCAUUAGGCUGAAAUUGACCUAAGAUCUUCCAAUGAAGUUGAACAAUUCAUGCAAAUAUUGCUUGAUUCUUUUUUACCCUAGGUAAUUAGUGGUCAUGUAUCUUUGGCACUGAUAAAUUCUGGUCAUAUAUUGGCCAGUCACAUGAAACAGAGUGUACUGGCAGUAAUCUAUAUCUUGCUUUUUAUCCCCAGUUGUCUUGGUUGGAACUGCGGUUCCCCUUAUCCUCCAUUUCGACCUCUGGCUUUUAGAAUGCAUGUGUGCUGCUGGAUUAGGUGCACUCUCUCCCUGUAAACACGAAAUAAAUCUGGCUGUGUCCUAGGCCUGACAAUAAU